AUGAUCAAACUUUUCAAUAUAAACAUCUUCUCACCAGCAGCACCACCAGCAGUAGCAGCAGCACCAUCAGCACCAUCAGCAGCAGCAGCUCCAUCAGCAGCACCAUCAGCACGAGCAGCAGCACCAUCAGCAGCACCAUUAGCAGCAGCACUAGCAGCAGCACCAGCACCAUCAGCACCACCACCACCAGCAGCACCACCAGCAGCACCACCACCAGCAGCACCAUCAGCACCAUCAGCAGCACCAUCAGCAGCACCAGCACCAUCAGCAGCAGUAGCAGAAGCAUCAGCAGCACCAUCAGCAGCAGCAGCACCAUCAGCAGCACGAGCAGCAGCACCAUCAGCAGCACCAUCAGCAGCACCAUUAGCAGCAGCACCAUCAGCAGCAGCAGCACCAUCAGCAGCACCAUCAGCAGCAGCAGCACCAUCAGCAGCAGCAGCACCAUCAGCAGCACCGUCAGCAGCAGCAGCAUCAGCAGCACCGUCAGCAGCAUCAGCAGCACCGUCAGCAGCAGCACCAUCAGCAGCAGCAUCAGCAGCACCAUCAGCAGCAGCAUCAGCAGCAAGAUGCUCUUACCAGUAUUGAUAUAACUUUUUUUAUAAGGCUGGUGGUGCAAUAAUGUAUAGUUAGGGGCAUUGAAGACCUUCAAAAAAUUUACCCCAGUUACUUUAGUUUGAAUUAUUCCAACAUUCAAUUGACUUGUUUAAUUGGCCUGGAGUGGAUAAAUAAAAUUGAUAGAACAUCAGAAUAAUUCCAACUACAGUUACUUUAAAGUGAUUAGAUUUGAUGUAAAUAGGUUCAAAGCAUUGUCAUAUUUUUUUUUUUUUUAAAUCAGUGAAUUUAUAUGUCCAUGAAACAGAUUAAAAUAGAAAUGGAUUAUAAUACUUUUUUUUCAGUGGUAUACUAAUAAUAGCUUGUUUUGCACUCAAGUCAUUGCCCUUAUUCAAAUGCAGUCUGCCCGAAUUUAAGAUUGCAGUAAUAAGUCUAAACCUCCCCACAGUGCUUAAGUAACAGUGCACUUAUUUAGAUAGAUAUACAGCAUUGUUUAGUUGAGACUUUACUAUGAUUCAGGUGAUGCAUGAUCUGUGAAUUGUUGUCUCAUGGUUAAUGGUUCUCUGACUGUCAGCAUUUCGUAGAUAAUGGUUUGGUGAAUGUAUACAUCAGCAUUUCGUAGAUAAUGGUUUGGUGAAUGAAUACAUCAGCAUUUCCUAGUUAAUGGUUUGGUGAAUGAAUACAUCAGCAUUUUGUAGAUAAUGGUUUGGCAAAUGUUUAUGUCUGCAUUUCGUAGUUUGUGGUUUGGUGAAUGUUUACGUCAGCGUUUCGUAAUUAAUGGUUUGGUGAAUGUAUACGUCAGCAUUUUGUAUUUGGUGAAUGUAUAAAUCAGCAUUUCGUAGAUAAUGGUUUGGUGAAUGUUUACGUCAGCAUUUCGUAGAUAAUGGUUUGGUGAAUGUUUACGUCAGCAUUUCGUAGAUAAUGGUUUGGUGAAUGUAUACAUCAGCAUUUCGUAGUUAAUGGUUUGGUGAAUGUAUACGCAGCAUUUCGUAUUUGGUGAAUGUAUACGUCAGCAUUUCGUAGUUAAUGGUUUGGUGAAUGUAUACAUCAGCGUUUUGUAUUUGAUGUUUUGAUGAAUAUGUAAGUCUGAUAAUUAAUGAUUCCAUGAACUUCGGGGUUUAGGUGGGUAACAAAGUUAUGUAACUUGAAAAUAAUUUACUUUCAAUACCCUGUCUACAUUCCAUUUGUUACACUUUUUACUUUAGAGGAUUUUAAUUGCUUUACCCAAGAAAAACAACACUGUACAUGUUUGUAUAUCUGGAAGUAUUUAAUAAAAUGUUUUAAAUUC